ACUCGAUUGCUGCAAUAGUUGGCAGUUGUGCUCUGGACGCUUCGGAAGCAGCAUGUCGUUUGAAUAUACGGAAAUAACGGAUCCACUGUUCGUGGAGAACAAGGGACAAACGGGAGAGGAUGACUACAUCAUGGUGCGUGCGAAACAGUACAGUCAUGUGCCGAUUAAGAUUCCCAACUGGACGCCACAGGCUCACUGCUACACAACUCUGUUUAAGCAGUACGAGCAGGAACUCCUUGAAGCGGAAGUGUACCCAGAUGAUGUGUGGGUCAUUUCCUAUCCGAAGAGUGGAACGACAUGGACUCAAGAGAUGGUUUGGCUGAUCUGUAACGAUCUUAACUUUGAAGCAGCGCGAGCAGAAUCUUUACAAAUCCGCUUCCCUUUUCUGGAUGUUAGUUUAAUACAUCCCACUGAUACGAGUUCAUUUGAGCGUGCAAAAAAUACGCCACGUCCUCGCUUCAUCAAGACGCAUCUUCCCGUGUCCAUGCUGCCGAAGCGCUACUGGGAAGUCAAACCCAAAACCAUACACAUUCGGCGCAACCCAAAGUCGGUGGCCGUUUCGUACUUCUUUCACUCACAGGGCAUCCAUUACCGUGGCUCGAUGGAUACCUUUCUGCGAUCGUUUGUUCGUGAGCAUCAGUUUUACUCACCGUACCAUGCGCACGUGAUCGAGUACCAUGAGCUACAAGAUUGCGAUAACAUCCUAUACCUUUCGUUCGAAGAGAUGAAACACUAUCUGCCAUCGGUUGUGAGGAAGGUGUGUGAGUUUUUCGGCAAAGCGUACAGCAAGCCGGAGCUGGAACUGCUGUACCAGCACCUUUCCUUUAAGUCGAUGCGUGACAAUCCAACUGUCAACUAUAAAAGCCGAGAUCCAACGAAGAAAGGGGAGCAAUUUAUUCGAAAAGGUGAAGCAGAAGGCUGGAAAAAGGAACUGACACCCGAGCAGAUCCAGCUGCUCGAUGAGUGGACCAAGGAAAAGGUUCCUAAUCCUGAGCAGAGGAAAUUGUUUGAAUGAUUACUGAGGCACACGAAUCUAAUUAUAUCGCCGAAUUCGAUUGAAAGUUUCGAUUAGCAAUGAAUAAAAUUCUCAUCAAAAAUAUUGUACCAAACUGAAAGAAAAUAAAGAAUAAUAUUAAGCAGCAA